AAUGCUGCUGUUUUGUAGUGUGUGGACGCCAUUUUGGCUUCUCCUCAUGCUUGUGUAGAUAUCUAUGAUGCUUGUGUUGAGACUUUGCAGUUAGUUUCAAAUGUGUUUGACCAAAUAGUAGCUUCCUUGUGACGUUAUUAAAGAUGGACGAAGAGAUAACUGACGGUUACAGUGAGCCAUGUGGACAGUGUGGCUCAGUCUUUUGGGGUGUUUCAGAUGAAGGGCAGUUCUUCUGUAAAAACUGCCAUAAUGUGAUUGAGAGAACCAAAGAUUUUGAGGAUACGAAUCCAAGGCUCUUCAACAGCAGGGUCUCCUCUUUAUCAGCACGCAAAAGGAAGAGGGGUGGAAAAGGAGGUGCACGAGAUUGGAUGGUAUGCGAGGGCUUUCAGUUGAUCCUUAAACUUCAGGCCGAAGCUUUCGUUAAACUCGGUGUCUGCCCUCAGUUUAAGACAGAUGUGGUAUGGAAUUUCUGGAAGCGGUACCUGCAGAAGACCAAACAGGCAUACACAAGAGAACCAGUGAACAGUAUCAGACGUUCAGUGGACUUGAGCAGUGACAGUGAGGCUGAGUCAUCUGUCAAUGAUGGCGCAUCAUGUCACACUGACCCAGUGAUGGGAGCCAGUGCAGUCUCUGGCUACUCCAGUGAUGGGAGAUCUUCAGUGUGUUCUGGCUCUGUGGAUGCCGAAUACUACUUCAGACGGAAAGAAAGCAAGAACUUGAUGAGCAUGCCUCGAACACUAGCAUUCUGCCACUUGGCUCUGCUUUGGGUCAGGGAGGCCAUCACACUGGCAGACUUGCUAAGGUUGGUGUCUAAGGGCCACAUCCCUUAUGUUAAUGUUCAUUUAUUUUUUCCUGAAGAGAUGAGGUUCUUUGGCAAGGAUGCAUUAAUCUUCAGAGUUGAGACUAUCCCCUCUUACAGAAUGGUACACAAGGAGGCAAUGGAACUGGCAGCAUUGAUCGAGCUGCCUGCUUUCCCUCCUGUAUCUCAGGAUUGCCUCCUGCACCCAGCUCUGCUCAGUCUACGAUAUUUGAUGGAUGCUAAUCUUCCUGAUAAACUUCAUACAUUGGUUUGCAAAGUAAUACAGAAAGCAGCCAUGGGGAAGGACUCCUUUCUGACCUUUGACCCUACUAGGAGAAAGCCUUAUCUUGUGUGCUACGAUCUUGAGGCUGCAGCGCUCAUUAUUGUGACCAUGAAGCUCCUUUACAGGCUGGACGAUAAGGUGGAGUGGAUGUUGGUCAGGAAAAAGACCAAAAAAGGGGGAAAUAUGUUUAAUUUGAGAAGAUGGCUUAUGAUUGUACAGCCUGCACUGGAAAGAGCUAGGAAGAAGGAAAAGCAGGCUGAGGCCAUGCGAAAGUGGAAAGCUAAGAAGCCCAUAAUUUCGUCUUUAAAACAAAAAUCCCUCGUACUAAAACGAAGACGUGUGGUUGAACAGCUCCAGAGAACUUUCCAAGCUAUUUCUGGUUCAGCUCCAGAGCAGCAAGUUUCCUCCCCAUCUACCUUCCACUUUCUUUGGGAAGACAAGGAUGGAGCUGAUGGACCCAGUCUCCUUGACAAGUGCCUGGACUGUGUGAUGAUGAAAAGGAAAAGAAAAUUGCAUAUUGUCAACCGUAAAUAUUGGCACACUGACUUGAGGAAGUGUCCAAGAGGGUGUGGAGACCAUUUCAGAGAUCUGGAGCCUACUUUGCCCAGGAUGUAUGUGUGGUUGCUUGGACUCUUCUCUUUUAUUCUUGGUGUUGAAGAUGCACAGCUGCACAGUGCAGUCGUCCAGGUGGAACGACGCCUACUGCCAGGCCGGAAAUCAGCCCCAGAAAACCCUCACUGAAUGAACACAGACAUGGCUAUAUUGAAGCAUGUCUGAGUUGAGAAGAGCUUUUUUUUCUUGUGUGGGAACAGUCAAUGUUUGCUGUUACACAUUAGGACAGCAUUGUGUGCUUUUACCUUUCUAAGGUUUAGAGUCAAUUGUGUUUUUUAUACUGUACAGUUUCAUAAAACCAUUUUUUUUCUUCAUUCAAUAAAAAAAGAAAUGGUUGAAA